AUGCUUCCUUCAACAUUCUUUCCCCCCGUCUCCCGACAGUCCCUGAAAGCUUCCUUGGAGAUGAAAUGCAAAUGUCACGGAGUGUCCGGUUCCUGUUCCAUCAAGACUUGUUGGAAGGGCCUUCAAGACUUGAAGGACAUCGCCCUGGACUUAAAAAACCGAUACCUUUCGGCCACCAAGGUUGUCCACCGGCCCAUGGGCAACCGCAAGCAUCUGGUGCCCAAGGAACUGGACAUCCGUCCAGUGAAGGAAUCUGAGCUAGUUUACCUGCAAAGUUCUCCUGAUUUUUGCAUGAAGAAUGAGAAAGUGGGCUCCUACGGGACGCAGGACAGGCAGUGUAACAAAACAUCCAACGGCAGCGACAGCUGCGACCUGAUGUGCUGCGGCCGUGGCUACAAUCCCUACAUGGACCAGGUGGUGGAGCGAUGCCACUGCAAGUAUCACUGGUGUUGCUACGUUACCUGCAAGAAGUGCCAGCGGACUGUCGAGAGGUACGUGUGCAAAUGAAGCCGCGUUCCAGGCCUCUCCGCUGCUUCCCGGUGUGACAAAGGGAGACACCGGUGCCACCUUUUCCCCCUCCCCCCACCGCCUAC